CUAUCAAAUACGUUAUCAUGAAAAUGUCAAUAGUGCGAUAAUAAAUAAAUAUUCGCUUUUCUAAACAUUCCGUAGCAUUAAAAUUUAACAAAGCAAUAAUGGAAGAUAUGGCGCGUUUAGCCCUAGUGGAACAAAGUGUUAAAGACAUAAAUAAGUUUAGUAAUAUACUCCACGAACUUUUGAGACUCAUCAACCACAUUUUAGAUAAUCCACACGAUAAAGAAUUGAGAACGAUUAGAAGUGAAGCUCUUAAAAAGGUGCUAGACUGUAAGGCUUUCGGCGACUAUCUCAAAUAUAUAGGAUUUGAAUCGGUGCAGAAUGGCUUUACAUUUCCAAAUGAGCAAACACUUAGCAAGUUGCGAAUGGCACAAGCCGCUUUGGAACGAAAAAUUAGUUUUUGUUGCGGCCCAAUCAGAAGUGUAUCCGUCACUCGCAGUGGAAUCAUUGGCUCUCAAACAAAGAGGCCUCAGUUGAGUCCUGCUAAUGUAUUGUCUACCCAAAACAGUCUGCUUCUGAAGAUCCAAACGCUCUUCAACAACAUGCUCCAGUAUGAAGACGAGGAUCUGCAGCAGACGGCACGGGAGCACAUACCACUUGUGACCUUACAACUGAUGGCUUUGGAUAGGAUGAGGGAGCAGCAGAGGAAAAUUAAAACUGGCGAGCUGAAAGGCCAUGACAUGUCCUUCGACAUAGCACUGCUUCUGGAACUGCUCGGGUGGUUCAAACACAAGUUCUUCACGUGGAUCGACCAGCCCGAUUGCACCAGCUGUGGUGGUACCACUACAUUCCUGAACAACGCUUCUUUGAAGAGCAAAACUGAAACCUGCAGAGUUGAGGUAUACAAAUGCGUGGAGUGUGCAACUGUGUGCAAGUUUCCGCGCUAUAACGACGUGCGCACACUGUUGCACACGCGCUGCGGUCGCUGUGGCGAGUGGGCUAACUGCUUUACUCUGCUGUGUCGCGCGCUCGGCUACGACACCCGAUACGUGUACGACACCACCGACCACGUGUGGUGCGAGGUGUUCGACUACGACUCGAACUCUUGGCUCCACGCUGACCCCUGCGAGGGGAAACUGAACGCCCCCUUGAUAUACACCCACGGGUGGGGGAAGAAGCUGUCGUACGUGAUCGCGUUCUCCAGGGACGAUUUGCAAGACGUCACUUGGCGAUACACGAGCGAUCAUAAAGAGGUGCUAUCGCGCCGCACCGAAGUGUCCGAGGCGGAGCUGGUGUCCGCUGUGCUGUCGCUGCGUGAACAUCGACACGCGCAGUUGUCGCCAGCGCGGCGGAAGUACUUGGCGGCGCGGAACCUGCGAGAGCUAGCCGACCUCAUGGUGGAGAGACAACCGACUGACUACGAGUCCCACGGUAGAAUAUCCGGAUCGAAAGAAUGGAGGACAGAGAGGGGGGAAAUAGGCAACGACAAGAGCCACACAUUCGAAUUCACCGGUCCGGGAGACGUCAGCGUCCGGUACUACACCGGGCCGGACGAGUACCGGAUCAGUCGCGACGGCACGGAAACUGAAACCGUCGAAAAGUGGGCGAACGGUGUUUUUGAGAUGAAGAACGUUUUCCGAAAGGUUGAACUUGAUUGGCAGCAAGUGUAUUUAGCGAGAGAAGAAGACGAAACGUCCGGAUCUAUAUCCUGGAGGUUAUCGGCCAAGGGUGAGCGGCUGUCGUUCAACGCACUAUCCGUCAAAGCGACGACGGCUGUGUACGAGACGGGUCGAGUUGACUGGACCAUACAAUUUGACGAUGAAGAACCGGUGCCAGCUCAAAUAAACACAGACACAACGCUGUCGUUCUCGCGUUGGUUCACAUCGGCGACACUGUCGGCGCGCUUGAGCGGCGGCGCUGGUGACGUCGGCUGGCAGCAAGCCCAGCUAUUCCGCCAGCCGCUGGCAGACCCCAGCAGCACGCUCACCAUACAGGCUACGUUGGUGGAGCGAUAACCCACAUUAGACGUGGGUACUAUUGCAAAAACAGCACCAUAUAUAGUUCGUUAAUAAUUCAAUUUGUUCGUUAAUAGUUCGCUUUUUUCGUUUAAACUGGCAUCAAGAAUACAUUUAUGUACCUGACAACCAUUGCUAACAUAAAACUCAAAAAGUUUAAAUUCAAUUCUAUUUAAAUCUGCCAGCCGCUGGCAAACACAAGCAACACGCUCGCCAUACUAGCCACGCUGGUGUAGCGAUAACCGAUCUCUGAAGUGGAUACAGAACACACAAACAACACUAUAGUUCGUUCAAAUAGUUGGUUGGCCGCCGGUUUCCAAGGCGUCGGCUACUUCAAAGGCUCAGCGCGUACUUUACAAAUGUUAGUAUGCGGCCGCCGGACUAUAAGGCGUCGACUAUUUCAUAUGUUUGGCACGUGUUUUACAACUCUUACUAUUUCGAUUUUCGUUUCUGGCAUUCCUUUGUUUUUGACAUCUCAACACAUCUGUUUUGUAUGCGCGAGUUUGCGCUUUGAAAGUGGUCAUGCCGAAAGACGGGCGUCGGCUACUCCAAAGACGCGGCACAACACAGCACUAUAGUUCGUUAAAAUAAAGCGCUUUUGAAAGCGGCAGCCAGUUUAUAACGGGCGACACAAGUUCGUAAAAUUCAAGGGACUUACAGCGGCUGCUUCGCGGUAGCAAAAAGUUAAUGUCUGAAGUUCCGAGAAUCUAUUUAUUGUACCUACAACUUACGUUGUCACGCGCGAUUAUGAACUUUAAAAUCCUAGUUAUAAGGCUAUUUCUAGCAUAGCAAUAUCACUUGUGACGUCAUUAGAGAUUCAACCAAUCUUUGAAUGAAUGAAUGAAUGAAUACACUUUUAUUGUACACCACAUAAACAUAAAAAAUUAAAAGUAAA